UUGCUUCAUGGAUGGCUUGGUACUGGAAUUGGGCAAACUAUUUCUAGUUGCAGGAUUAAAAUAUCAAAUAUUAGACAAGACUGCUGCUUUAUUUGUAGCAAAUAACCAAGGAAGGGUUUUGGAUGACAUGCUCAUAUUGGGAUCGGCUUCGAUGCUCUUAAACCUCAGAAGAAGAUUUCACCCAAACCGCUCACUCUGCAACCUCCUCUCAACUAGCACACUUCCCUCCGACUCUACACCACAGGAGCCUCUUUCAGACUCCCAACUCAAAUCCUUAGUCCUCAGCCACUACACUCCUCGCGGCAAAUUCACCAACCUGCUCCAAAACGUCGUCGCUUUGCCCGCCGUUCUCCUCACCGCCUGCCAAAACCUCACCGCCACAACCCCUCAACCCCUUCACAAUGGCCUUCUCCACUCCGUCUCCAAGCGCUUCUCUCUUCACGAAAUGGGUCGCCAGCUCCGCGAGAAUCGCUUCGAUGUGGGAGCUUCUAGCGUCUCAAUGGGCGACGGAGGUGAGUCUUUGUUGGUCUUACCCACUUUGAAACUCAAAGUUUUGAUUGAAGCUAUUAGGAUUGUACUGGGCGUUGUUUAUGAUGAACGCUUUGUCACGUUUUCUUAUGGCGGUCGUGUUAAUCUGGGGCGGCACACGGCCAUUAGGUACCUUAAGAACUCUGUUGAAAAUCCCACCUGGUGGUUUAGUGUUGGCUUUAGUCGGGGAGUGUUCGAAAAACGACAUGUGAGUAAGCUAUGCUUGUUUAUGGAAGAGAAGAUAGAGGAUGAGGUUUUGAUUGGUAUCAUUAAGACAUUGUUUGAAUGUGGCGUUGUGAGAAUUGAAUUGGGUAGUUUUUGCUUUGGAAGAGGGUUUCCUCAGGAGAGUGGGUUGAGUUCAGUUUUGAUGAACAUUUACUUUAAUGGUUUCGAUAAAGAGAUUCAGGAGAUGCGUCUGAGGAAGAAUCAGGAGCAUCCCAAGUUCGAGUCGGAUGAGCUUGUUUCCAAGGAUGGUGUUUUCUACAAGCCUGUGAAGAUAUAUGCGGUUAGGUACUUGGAUGAGAUAUUAGUGAUGACGUCCGGGUCUAAAAUGUUGACUAUGGAUUUGAAGAACUGGGUUGUCAACUACUUGGAAGGGAGUUUGGAAUUGAUGGUGGAUAAGGUAAAGACAUCUAUUCACAGUGCAGUGUCUGAGAAGAUUGAUUUCAUGGGCAUGGAAUUACGGGCAGUUCCACCUUCGGUGUCGCACCCCCCUAUGUCUGAAAAAGCUAUUAGAGCACGGAAAAAGUACCUUAGACAGAAGGAAGUCAGAGCUAUAGAAUUGAAAAAUGCUAGGGAGAGGAAUAGAAAGAAAUUGGGAAUGAAAAUUAUGGGCCAUGUUUUUAAAAAGCUGAAGACUGGUGAUAGAUUGAAAUCUGAGUAUCAAAUUGAGAAUGAAGUCAGAGAAAUAUUCAGCACCUGGGCUGAUGAAGUAGUGAAAGAGUUCCUUGGGUCCUUGGAUGAGCGUUGGGAAUGGUAUCGAAAGUUAUCAGCAGGUACUUUUCUGUCUCUAAGGCACAUUAGAAAACAAUUGUCUGAAGAGCUUGUAGAUUCUUAUGAUAAGUUCCAAGAGCAAGUAGACAAGCAUCUGAACCCAGUCAGAGAUAGAAAGGCAAGGGAGGAAGAAGAAAGGAGGGUAACAGAAGAAGCAGAGCAGAAAUAUGCUAAGAGAACAGUUGAGGAUUUGACAAAGGUCUGUAUCAAAGCUGAUGCGCCUAUAGAAGUUUUGAGGAAGAUGGUUAAGUUGAUUGGGUUUACAAAUUCUAUGGGUCGUCCCAGGCCGAUCACGUUACUAACUGCUCUUGAAGAUGCUGACAUCAUCAAGUGGUAUGCUGGUGUAGGGAGAAGAUGGCUUGAUUUUUACUGCUGCUGCCAUAACUUUAAGAUGGUGAAAACUAUUGUAACUUAUCAUUUGAGGUUCUCUUGUAUCCUGACUCUAGCUGAAAAGCAUGAAUCCACCAAACGUGAAGCCAUGCAACAUUAUACUAAGGAUUUAAAAGUCUUUGAUAUAAAUGGAAAUGAAGAAGUAUUCUUUCCCACCGAAAGAGAGGUAAAGAUGAUGGGAGAUAAAAAUCUUUCUGAUCCAAAACCUGUGGAUGGGGCAUUUUCUUUGGCUUUGAUUAGAUUAGCUUCUGAUGAGCCUCCAUAUUCUUGUGUUGCUCAUUUCUGUGACAGAACAGAUACUAUUGUUUAUCGGGUACGAUUAUUGCAAAGUCGAUUGAAUGUAACCCCCUUGGAUGAAAAUAAAUGGGUGCCGGGGAUGGGCGCAAUCAAUGGGAGUCUCCAUCUGAAAUGUUUCCCUCUUUGUCCUGAUCACAUACAUGAUUUAUACAUGGGAAGAAUCACGUUUCAAGAUAUUGAUAGUACUUCCUUUGUGUUUGUGGAUGUAGACUGAGUUUUCAGUCCUCUGGCUUGCUACCUCAUUUUACAUAUCUGUAUAGGCCCGGUGGGUGAUCUGAUCGAUUGUAUUGAUUUAUAUAUGAUCAUUUGCAAUUGGUUAAAUAUUCACUGUUGUAGUGCAGUUUCAGUCAUUCAUGUGAUUUGUACACAUCAUUUUUAGUUGAUGACAUUAUGUAAAAUUCGUGAAAAGUUUGAUUACACAGUUAUGCAUCUUAUGGUUGUCUUGUUCAUGGUAGAAACUAGAAACUGUUAAUUCUCUGUGCCAAAUAUUGACUUUAAAGCUUAAUUUUAUCUCUGUAAGAU